AGAUAAAAAAUGAAUUGGCUUACCCCUCAACAGUAUGUACCUUAGUAGUAGUAGUAGCCCUAUCCCUCCAAUUUCAGUUCAACCACUAUUGCCUUUGCACAGAGUCAACUCUCGCCAGUCGUCACUUCCUGUUAAGCUAGUUUAGAGGAAACAACGUCAAAUAAAAUGCUAUAGAAAAUCAGAAGUGGGAUUACUCAGUUAGUCCAAUUGAAAUCGGUCUUCCAACGUAACAGUAAUCCGCGGCGGCCGUUCAAAAGUGAAUACGGAACAACGAUACGGAAGAAACGAACGCGAAACGAAAAAAUAACAAGAUUACGAUUUGGCCGGUGCGCCGCCAUUUUGAACGAAUGCCGAAAAUCAAACGCCGACGAAACGCCACAGACGAGCUGGAAGAAGAAAAAGAAGAAAUAAAACUAGAACGCGAGCGCCAGGAGGAGAAAAAAAACAUUGAACCAGUGACCGCUCAUGGAAACAUAAUGUCGCUGAACACGGUUUCGCAAGCAUCACAGGACGCAAGAGCUGCACGGCCACUGCAUCCGGAAGAGGUAAAAGCCCUAAUUAGUGAAUUCGAUGGAACGUACGAUGCAGCCAUUUGGAUUCGAAAGAUAGAGCACUAUCAGAAGCUAUACGGGUGGACGGACAACGCCGCACUACUAUACGCAACGACAAGAUUGGCGGGACCUGCAAAGCUUUGGUAUAGUUCGGUAGAAGAAAAAAUAUUUGGCUUCACGGGAUUCAAAGUAAUGCUGUUGACGACUUUCCCGAGUUACCACGAUGAAGCGGAUGUGCACAGAGAGCUUAUGGCGGUGAUGAAAACAGCGCAAGAGUCGUACGAAAACUAUGUUUUCCGUGUUCAAAAUAUCGCCAGCAAAGGGAACGUAUCGGAAGCAUCCAUCAUAAAGUACAUUAUCAGCGGUCUUUCUCGGGACAGGUUGUAUGAGCAGAUUGCUUCAAACGAAUACAACACGGUUUACAGCUUGCUAAAAAGGAUUAAGUGGUGUGAGUCGAACCUUCGAUUGAAAAAGACGGAUGCAGGAACAUUGGGUGCAACACGCCAACCGAUGCGCCAAUCUGUACCUGUAGUUAAAGUUGGUGCAAUUGUUGCUGCGUCGGAGUUGAUCUGCUUCAACUGCAAUGCUUCAGGACACAAGUCAAUCAACUGCCCGAAACCACAACGACGUCCGCGAUGUACUUCGUGUUCCAAGGUGGGGCACACUGUUGAGCAAUGCUUCAAGCUUUUGAACAACGGAAAACCGGUGCAACCCAUGGUUGCUAUGAUCACAGCGAAGGAAGAGGAAACGUCUACACAGGAUUCAGUACCCAACGAGAGGAUCGACACUGAUGAGAACGGGAUGCUGAAAUGUGAUGCAAUCAUCGGACGAAGGCUGAAGCAGCUAAACUUGCUGGUUGAUUCUGGCAGUGCGGUGAGUUUAAUCAAACGAUCUGAACUUUCAAUGAAUAGAUUAGAGUACAAAAUAGGGCAAACAAAGAUAGAUCUAUCUGGCAUCAAUAAUUCCAAAGUGAAGGUGGAAGGAAAACGACGAGGCAUAUUAGAUAUUUUGUAUUUCCUACUGUUCAGAUCGCAAUGAUAAAUAUGUAAUGUAAUCAGAUGUAGGGUCUAGGGACUGGCGAGUGUUUUGUAGGAUGGCCGAGCUGUAGAAGAUAAAAAAUGAAUUGGCUUACCCCUCAACAGUAUGUACCUUAGUAGUAGUAGUAGCCCUAUCCCUCCAAUUUCAGUUCAACCACUAUUGCCUUUGCACAGAGUCAACUCUCGCCAGUCGUCACUUCCUGUUAAGCUAGUUUAGAGGAAACAACGGCAAAUAAAAUGCUAUAAGUUCAUAUUUUAGAAAGGCCAGAUAAUACAAUUUCAAAUUGGAACUCAAUUCAAUUCUAAUUUGAAUCGAUUCUUUCGAAAAAAAAACGACUUCAAGAAGCAAAUAAUAUUCACGUUUUUCUGGGAAGGUACAGUAAUC